UCCACCCCGAAUAAAGCUCCCCGGCAAAGCUCUUUAAGCGCUUUCGGCUUUUGUUUCGUGCGUCAAAGAAGGGAGGGGGAAAGAUGAGCUACGGAGACCGCUACACCGCGUCCUCCUACCGGAAGAUUUUCGGGGACUCGCCCCGGUACUCGAUGCCGUCCUCCCGCCUGGGGGGGCCCUCCUCCCGGGGCUCCGCGGGGCUCCGGUCCUCCUCCUCCGCCUCCUCCCCCGGAAGCCUGUACCGACGCACCGGGCGCGCAUCCUCCGCCUUCUCCGCGCUGCCGCCCGGCUCCCUCGACCUGAGCCAGACCUCCGUGGUCAACAAUGAGUUCAAAGUCACGAGGACCAACGAGAAGGAGCAGCUGCAGGGCCUGAAUGACCGCUUUGCCAUGUUCAUCGACAAAGUCCGGCAUUUGGAGCAGCAGAACAAAGUGCUGGAGACGGAGCUGGUCACUCUGCGGCAGAGGCAGAGCGAGCCGUCCCGGGUCGCUCAUCUCUACCAGCAGGAGCUGAGUGACCUCCGCUCCCAGCUGGAGGACCUGAGCAGGGACAAGAACCGAAUCCUCAUAGAAAGAAACAACAUGGACGACGAGCUCCAGAGGCUCAGUGCAAAGUAUGACGAGGAGGUUAAGGCACGGGAGGAAGCUGAGCAGACCCUGAGGUCCUUCAGGAAGGAUGUGGACGAUGCGGCGGCUGUCCGGUUGGACCUGGAGCGCCGGAUGGAGUCACUGCUCGAUGAAAUCGCUUUCUUGAAGAAGGUGCAUGAAGAGGAAAUUGAGGAGCUGAGCAGCAUGAUGGAGGCGCAGCAGGUCUCCGUGGAGCUGGAGCAAGCCAAACCCGACCUGACAUCGGCUCUGAAGGAGAUCCGCAACCAGUAUGAGUCCAUUGCCUCCAAAAAUCUGCAGUCGGCCGAGGAAUGGUACAAGGGCAAGUUCGUAAGCCUCAGCGAGCAAGCCACCAGGACCAAUGAGGCCAUGAGAGCCAGCAGAGAGGAGAUCAACGAGUUCAGGAGGCAGCUUCAGUCCAAGACCGUUGAGAUAGAAACCCUGAGGGGCGCCAACGAGUCUCUGGAGAGGCAAAUUACGGAGAUGGAGGAUACACAUAACGGGGAAGUCGCAGCCAUGCAGGACACCAUUAGCCACCUAGAUAGCGAGCUCAGGAACCUGAAGGGGGAGAUGGCUCAACACCUGAGGGAGUAUCAAGACCUACUCAAUGUCAAGAUGGCUCUGGACAUAGAGAUAGCUGCUUACAGGAAAUUGCUGGAGGGGGAGGAGACCCACUUUAACUCGGGGAUUUCGUUCGGCGCCUCCAGCUACAGCUACCAGCCCCGCGCCGCGGCCAGCUCCACCAGGGGCAGCCAGAGGGAAAAAGAGGCGGCCACCAAGGAAAGCUUCAAAGACAUCAGCGAGGACAAAGAUGAGGCCGACAUCAACUCCAACAACAACUGAGCACAGCAAAAUCCUAAUAACAUUACACAUUAUAGGGCAACAUUAAUCCAAAUGUUUUAAAUUAGACACAUGUUUGAGUACUAAUAUAAUAUUUCGGACCACUGUUUGGGAUGUCAACUUACAUUUCCUUGCAGUAGAAAGGCUUGUCUUCCUAUCUAGUGUAUAACUUUAAGAAAAUGGAACCAACCUGCAAAAACUAGGUGUGUGUGUUUGGGGUUUACAGAAGAGUCAAUGUAAGCAGAGUUUCACCUCUGUGCAGCGGAGUUUUUAAAUUUGAGCUUUACUGAUGUGACAGUCACCCUUGAACUUUCUUUUGUGGAUGUUUAAUGGCUUUAAAAUGCAAAAGAAAUAGUGUCACUGUUGGUUAACAAUACCUUAAAUAUGACAAUUGCAUAUUACCGGAAAAUCGGUAAAAAUCCUGUGCUAUAUUACGCUCUUAUGUGCGUGAGUGUGUGUAAUACUGUUGAGUAGUAGCACGUCGUGUUGAUAAAAGUGUAUCUGACGGAGACCCACCAUAAGAAUAAAGUCAGACUCAUUGUCAUAGUUCGCACACGUUAAUGACCAAGAAUCAAGAGUUGUUGUGGGCAGUUGAUGUGCUUUUUGCUUUUUGCAGUUACAUUAAAAACACAACAUGCGGGGGAAAAAGAUUGGAGUUCAUUUUUAAUCUACGCCAUAUAACAAGUUGCAAUGACCAGAUUUACAUGAGACCGGAAAGCGAAAGCAAGCUGCAGCGCGCUGUGUGAAGAAACUAUUUGAAGAAAUGUUGUGUUUUCCUAAAGAUGGCUUUUUGUCCAUUAUGCAAAAAGUUUUUCUGGCAAUGCCAAAUAAUGCACGAUCUAACUGAUGUCCUGAUCCAGGUGUGGAAAAAUAAUUCUAUUGGGUCAGUUACUAUUUGGAUUUUAAUGAUUACAUAUUGCAUCCAGAUAAAGAAUUUAAGUUUGAGUAUCUCUUUUUAAAUCUGAGGGCAGAAACAAUUCAGAAUCUAUCAUAUCCUAAACCUGUUAGUUGACACAAGGUUUAAGUAGCACAUCACUUAUUUAUUUUCUCUGUUAAAAGAAUGGUAGCUAUGAUUCAUUUUCAGUAUUUAUGCCAAAAAUGGUAUUCUUUUGCUCGUAUUCUUUACUCACAUUGAGGGGUCUUCGUGUUGGAAUAAGCAGGAAGCUGCACCGUCCCGACAUACGUUUGGUCUGGUAGUUCCACGAGGUCAGAAGUUUCUUCACAGAUCUACUUAAGUAUGGUAUGAUUAUUGUAAGUGUAUGAAAUGGCCUGAAUUGGACUUUAAGACCAGGGUAGCAGUCAUUUUAUUUGCCAACACCUUGAAUUGAUGUGUGACAUUUAAACUGAUGUGAUGCCACCCUUUAAGAGGCGAAAAUCCAAGCCUUGUCUUGGAAGAUACGAAUGUUUCCAGAA